UCAACACAGGUGGAACCUCGCAGAUGUUAUAGUUGUAACCUGGAGGGCCACAUAUCAAGAAAUUGUCCAACGAGGACUUCGCCCAACCCACCCACUAAUCAAAAUAUGGAAGGAGGAAACGAAACGUAAGUUCCCUGAGAUGGAGCCUACGCCCCAGUUGCCAGAUAAAAGAAAUAAAAUUGAUGAGAACUCGGCCAGUCAAGAACCACAAAUGAGAGGAUCAACGAUGUACAUACCUUUGUCUGAAUUGACCCAGGAACUCGACGUCUUGAGAAAGGUCGCUGAACUUGAGAUAACG